AUGGCUGCCCCCGCUCCUGACCUCACGGACAUCAACGCGAUGCUGCAGGUGGCUAUUGCGGCCGCGCGUGCUGCCGGCGCCCACAUGAAGUCGCACUUGAGUACGUCACGCGUGGAGAAGACCAAGUCCAGCAAGGACGACCUGGUCACAGUCGUGGACAAGCAAUGCCAGGAUCUCGUAUUCGCCACCAUUAAGGAGACGUUCCCCAGCCACGAGUUCCUGGGCGAGGAGAACGUCGAGCCUGGUAGCGAGGCCUCCGUUCAAGCGCUGCGUGACAUGGUGAGCAAGGAGUGGCUCUGGAUUGUGGACCCCAUCGACGGCACCACCAAUUUCGUGCACCACCGUCCUGCCAGCGUCGUGUCCGUGGCCUGCGCGCGUCUGGGCGAGGUUGUAGUUGGCGUCAUCUACGAUCCGUACCGUGACGAGAUCUUCACGGCGCAGAAGAGCAAAGGCACAUUCCUCAACGGCCAACCAGCGCAUGUCAGUCACGAGGCCUCGUUCUCCGAAGCUCUUGUGGGCUUCGGCAUCGGAACCAAGGACAGCGUACGAUUGCCCAUGCUAGACUGCGCACGCGAGUUCUCUGCUAAAUGCAGAGGUCUCCGUCUACAGGGAGCUGCGGCAAUCGAGCUCGCAUGGACAGCAGCUGGACGUCAAUCGGCAUUUUUCGAGCUUGACCUGAACUCUUGGGAUGUGGCAGCAGGUGCACUGUUGGUGAAGGAGGCCGGCGGUGAAGUGACCAACAGCGACGGCACUCCAUUCUCGCUCAGCACACGAAACAUCGUGGUGUCCAACAACAAGGGCGACAUCCACACCAGCAUGAUUGAGCUCAUCAAGAAGGCCGACGCUGUGGACGCGACACCACUGCCCACUUUCGUCAGGCCCAAGAUGGCGGAGCAGCUCCCGGCGCCGUACCAUGUCAACACGUGGUUCUUCGUGUGCGGGCCGCUGGCCGUCAACACCUUUUUGCUGGGCCUGGCGGCCAACUUGCGUGUCUUCAAAAGGAACAACUUGGCCUUCGAUAGGGUCAUGGACAUGCGGCCGGACGAGGUGCCGACAGCCGACGGCAUCUUCAAGACGGGACUCUUCAUGUGUUUGGUGCAAUUGCUGCUCUUCAACGGAGAAGCGGCCCGACGGGGUGGCGCCUUUGGCGUAGAUGAGACGCGUAUGGAGAUGCUGCUAUUGGGCUACGCGAUUGUGGCCGCCUCGCUACUGCUGUGUCCGUUCGACGUCCUGCACUACAAAUUCCGCAUGUUCGUACUGCGUAAGUUGGCGCGUUGUUUCUGGCCUUUCCAGCAGUUUUCCUUCAAGCUGCCUACACACGCUACACCCUUUAUCGAGGUGUUCAUGGCCGACGGAAUGACGUCGCUGUCCAAGUUCAUACAGGAUCUAAUCCGAGCGACGCAGUGUUUAAUCUCAUUUCAACGGACGACAAGUGUGAACGACCGGUUUCUUCACUUGCUAAACACGAUGAAAUACUGCUCCAGUCUGCUGGUGAUCUCGGUGGGGGCGUAUCCGAUGCUGAUUGGACGGGCACGACCCGAACAGAGCAGCUUCUUCCUGCUGUGCGCUGUCUUUAACUCGCUGUACUCGUUCCUAUGGGACGUCGUCAUGGACUGGGGUCUCGGCCAGCCCAAACUACCUCGUCGAGUUGCCUUCUUGCGCCACCAUUUGACGUACCGACCACGCAAGAUCUACUACCUCGUCAUCGUCGUGGACUUUAUUCUGCGCAUUCUGUGGGUCACCAAGUGGUGGGAUUGGAUGCACCGCGGGGUGCACUUCAAGCUCGUCUCGCAGGUCGCAGAAGUCGUGCGUCGUAUCAUCUGGAACUUCGUGCGUGUCGAGUGGCAGUGCAUUAAACUGGACAUCCUCGCUACGAAGAAGCUCUCGGCGGAUACUGUGGAGCUCGACGAGAUCAUCGAGAAGGUGCCACUUAUGCAGGAGCACGAAGAGGAGCUUGAAGACACGAGGCCCAGGAUGAGACCACUCAGUCGACCCAACUCGUUCUCUGCGGAGGCUAGCGGCACCGAAACAAGCAGCACACUAAGACCGAGUCCUCUUCAUGCCAACACAGACACGGAGCGGCUCCUUCAAGCUGACGCGGAUUCCAGAGAAGCCCAACAGGACGAAAUGAUCGCCCCUGCUGCCAUUACGGUCGCUAGUUAUCCAGACAAACCGCAAGCAAUGCUGGUGAGCCACGGAGACACGCAUCACCGACGAGAGUCGAGCCCCAGUAAAGCGGCCACGGAAGACGCCGAGGCAAGCGAAUUGUAA